AUGGGAGGGCAGGAUAAGACCGUGGGAGGGCAGGUUAAGACCGUGGGAGGACAGGAUAAGACCGUGGGAGGACAGGAUAAGACCGUGGGAGGGCAGGAUAAGAUCGUGGGAGGACAGGUUAAGACCGUGGGAGGACAGGAUAAGACCAUGGGAGGGCAGGAUAAGACCGUGGGAGGACAGGUUAAGACCGUGGGAGGGCAGGAUAAGACCAUGGCAGGACAGGAUAAGACCGUGGGAGGACAGGUUAAGACCGUGGGAGGACAGGAUAAGACCGUGGGAGGGCAGGAUAAGACCGUGGGAGGACAGGAUAAGACCGUGGGAGGGCAGGAUAAGACCGUGGGAGGGCAGGAUAAGACCGUGGGAGGGCAGGAUAGGACCGUGGGAGGACAGGAUAAGACCGUGAGAGGGCAGGAUAAGACCGUGGGAGGACAGGAUAAGACCGUGGGAGGGCAGGAUAAGACCGUGGGAGGGCAGGAUAGGACCGUGGGAGGGCAGGAUAAGACCAUUGCAGGACAGGAUAAGACCGUGGGAGGGCAGGAUAAGACCGUGGGAGGGCAGGAUAGGACCGUGGGAGGGCAGGAUAGGACCGUGGAAGGGCAGGAUAAGACCGUGGCAGGACAGGAUAAGACCGUGGCAGGGCAGGAUAAGACCGUGGGAGGACAGGAUAAGACCGUGGCAGGGCAGGAUAAGACCGUGGGAGGGCAGGAUAAGACCGUGGGAGGGCAGGAUAGGACCGUGGGAGGGCAGGAUAAGACCAUGGCAGGACAGGAUAAGAUCGUGGCAGGGCAGGAUAAGACCAUGGGAGGGCAGGAUAAGACCGUGGGAUGGCAGGAUAAGACCGUGGGAGGGCAGGAUAGGACCGUGGGAAGGCAGGAUAAGACCGUGGGAAGGCAGGAUAAGAGCGUGGGAGGGCAGGAUAAGACCAUGGGAGGGCAGGAUAAGAUCGUGGGAGGGCAGGAUAAGACCAUGGGAGGGCAGGAUAAGACCAUGGGAGGGCAGGAUAAGACCAUGGGAGGGCAGGAUAAGACCAUGGGAGGGCAGGAUAAGACCAUGGGAGGGCAGGAUAAGACCAUGGGAGGGCAGGAUAAGACCAGGAUAAGACCGUGGGAGGGCAGGAUAAGACCAUGGGAAGGCAGGAUAAGACCAUGGGAGGGCAGGAUAAGAUCGUGGGAGGGCAGGAUAAGACCAUGGGAGGGCAGGAUAAGACCGUGGGAGGGCAGGACCGUGGGAGGCAGGAUAAGACCGGGAGGGCAGGAUAAGACAUAG